GAUUACCAGUUGCAAUUCCAAAUUUGGGGCCCUCAUUACCGUCUGCUUUGUCUCUGAUGCUUCCAAUGGGCAUUGGAGAUCGAGGAGUGAUGUGCGGUAUACCAGAAAGAAAUUAUACCCUACCUCCACCACCUUACCCUCAUCUAGAAAGCAGCUACUUUAGACACAUCCUACCUGGUCUCAUAUCUUACUUAGCUGACAGACCUCCACCUCAGUGUAUUCAUCCCAACAAUAUCAACGUUGAUAGUAACUCAGCUUUAUCUGUCUCCAAUAAUCCUUCAGACUUAGAUCCCUACCAGCCCAAUGGAUCUGUGGGUCUUGAAGCAGGCAUUGUCUCCAUGGAUUCUCGUUCAGUGAACGCACAUAACACUCAAAGUUUGCAUCCCAGUGAUGGCCAUGAUGUAGCUCUGGAUACAACAAUUACCAUAGAAAGUGUUUCAAGAGUUACGAGUCCAAUCUCAAGUGACAGAAUGGCUGAAGAGCUUAGGAUGAGUGAUGUAGGUGGGGAUCAUUCACAAAUUGCAAAUGGCAGCCGUAAUCAUGAGCCUCUAGCAGUGGAUGGUGGUUUAGCCUCAGAAACUGUGGGGCAUAAUGGUGUCAUCCCUAUCCAUGGUAGCAGUUUGGAACUUCCUGUUGUUAUGGAGACUGACCACAUUUCAGGCCGGGUCAAUGGGAUGCCUGACCGAACACUUGGGGACCCUAUUCAUACAGUGGCCAUGAGCAGCAAUUCUGUGAGUGUUGCGCUUUCUACCUCACAUAAUCUCACUUCCCUGGAAUCUGUCUCAUUACAUGAAGUGGGUCUCAGCUUGGAGCCUGUGACAGUAUCCUCCAUUAACCAGGAAGUAGCCAUGGGACAAAAUCAUGUGGAUGUCUCUUCAGACAAUCUUGCUUUUGUGCCAUCAUCAUUGCAGAUGGAAGAUUCCAAUUCCAAUAAGGAGAAUAUGGCUACAUUGUUUACAAUAUGGUGCACACUCUGCGACAAGGCUUACCCAUCAGAUUGCCCAGAUCAUGGGCCUGUGACUUUUGUUUCUGACACUCCAAUAGAGAGCAGGGCCAGACUUUCUCUCCCAAAACAGCUUAAUAUCCGCCAUGCUGUUAUGGGACCUGAAGUUGGUGGACAAUAUUGUCAAUUAUCAACUUGCCUUGGAACUCCUUCCUUAGGUGUGUGGACUCGGGAAACUAUUCCUGUCCGUACCUGCUUUGGACCACUCAUUGGUCAACAAAGUCAUUCAAUAGAAGUAGCUGACUGGACAGACAAAGCAGCCAAUCACAUUUGGAAGAUGUAUCACAAUAAUGUCCUGGAAUUCUACAUCAUCACAACGGAUGAAAAUGAAUGUAACUGGAUGAUGUUUGUGCGGAAGGCCAGGAACCGGGAAGAACAGAAUCUGGUAGCCUACCCUCAUGAUGGAAAGAUUUACUUCUGCACCUCACGUGACAUCCCUCCAGACCAGGAGCUCCUUUUUUACUAUAGUCGAGACUAUGCCCGGCAGCUUGGUGUUCCUGAGCAUCCUGAUGUGCACACUUGUCACUGUGGAAAAGAAUGUGCCUCCUAUGCAGAGUUUAAGGUCCAUCUGAGUAGUCAUCUCCACAGCCACUUCCCCAGUCAGGGACACAGCAGUACCCCUGGAUCAGGACACAGUAAGGAAAGGAAAUGGAAAUGCUCUAUGUGCCCUCAAGCUUUUAUAUCACCUUCUAAGCUUCAUGUUCACUUCAUGGGGCAUAUAGGUAUGAAGCCACACAAGUGUGAUUUCUGUAGCAAGGCCUUCAGUGAUCCUAGCAAUCUGCGUACCCACCUUAAAAUUCAUACAGGUCAAAAAAAUUAUCGCUGUGCACUCUGUGAAAAAUCUUUUACUCAGAAGGCACACCUGGAGACACAUAUGGUUAUCCACACUGGAGAAAAAAAUCUGAAAUGUGAUUAUUGCGAUAAACUAUUUAUGCGGCGUCAAGAUCUCAAGCAGCAUGUGCUCACCCAUACACAAGAGCGUCAAAUCAAAUGUCCACAAUGUGAGAAGCUAUUCUUAAGGACAAAUCACCUAAAGAAACAUUUAAACUCUCACGAAGGAAAAAGGGAUUAUGUGUGUGAAAAAUGUUCCAAGGCUUAUUUAACAAAAUACCACCUUACUCGCCACCUAAAAAUUUGUAAAGGACCAACCUUUAGUCUCUCAGCCCAAGAAGAAGAGGAGGAAGAUUCUUCAGAGGAAGAAGAAUUGAUAAAUUCUACAACAAAUGAAAAUUGCCAACUCAGAACCACCAUGUAUGUGACAACUGAUACACUUUCUUGUCACAAAUAAGACAAUUCCUAAAAUUAUUGUUUGUUUAAAUUUAUACUCAGUGGCCAAAUUCUCAUCUAUAAUGAAAAUGGCUUAUCUGUUUCCAGAGUGAUUGCCAGGAACAUUACAUAUAUUAAAACAAUAUAAUUACUAUGUUCAUCCAUUGAAAUGGUAUCAUUGGUGACUUGAUUGAUGCAUGAUGGAUACAGCUGAAACAGCAUCAGCUGUCUCUGUUAAAGGUAUACUUAAUGUGAAAGUAUGCACAAACCAAAUUUUUUUCAUUACAAUAAAGUGUUUUUUAUUGGAAAAAAGUUUGUAGCUUAACUUAGUUCAUUAAAUUGAUAUUUGUUGUAUAUCAAUGAAAUAUUUGCUCAUUUGUUGACAACUGAGCAUUCCAAAAGAAUUAGAAAAGAAAAAUAUAGUAUGGGAAUCAGAGUAAGGCAUGCUAAUGCUUGUGUUUGAAAUGCAAGCUUAGUUUUAGCAUGGAUUUUACAUACAAAGGUUAUUCAUGUAACUCUUGUCUAUACUGCAACCGAUAACCACUUAUUUUGAAAGGGAAAUUCUGCUGCUAAUAUAUUUAUGGAAUGAAGGUAUCAUUAAGAUUUGUUUUCUUACGGAAAAUUAAAAUACUGCUUUUUAA